AUGGAUAAAACAUGUCAUACAGUUCCAAUGAUGCUUGUUGCAAAUUCAUGUUUAUCUGCACUACUAUGCGCAGGUGAUAUUCUUUGGAUAAAUGUAACUACAUUAAUAAAUGAUGUUCAACAAAUUGAAUAUCAAAAUUUAUUUUGUAUUUUUUAUGGUUAUUUAACUUAUGUUUCAUGUGCUGUACUUAAUUAUUCAUUUUUAUUACAAGCUUUCUAUCGAUAUAUGAUUGUUGUUUAUCCAACACGUUUAUUUUGGCAACUACCACAAAGUCAACUAUUACUUAUUGUUUUAACAUGGAUAUAUGCACUGAUAUUUCCUACUGGAUUUAUAUUUACCGGUGACAUUAUUUAUAAUAUGGACAAUCAAAUAUGUCAAAUACCUCUUCGAUUUUCAUUCGCAAUCAUUUUUGCAGUAUCAUGCGUCUAUAUUAUUCCUGUUUCGAUAACUAUGUUUAUUUAUUAUAAAUUAGUUCGAUUUAUUCAUCAAAUGAAUCAGCGUAUAAUACCUGUUAAUACUUUGGUUCGUGCACGAAGAGAAUUAAAAAUGUUUCGUCGCACAGUUACAUUGUUAAUGAUUAUAUUUAUACUUGAUUUCCCGUAUGCAUUAUUUAUUUUUAUGUCAUUUUUUAAUGCGGCUCCAAAAUAUCAUUUUCGUAUUGCUUAUAUAUUUAUUGAUAUUGCAUUGGCAUGUGUAAUGAUUGUUUUAUUUCAAUUUACAGAUCCACUUAAAACAUCAAUUUUGAAAAAAUUAAAUAUAGAAUUAGAAAUGGUUGCACUAACAGAAUCAUGA